AGCAGAACAGGACAGAGAGAGUGUCUCAUUGCCCAUCUCUUACGCUUCCAGUGUCUCCGUGCGACGACGCGCGUCUGAUUCGAACCAAAAUGUCCGCAUCAAUCGCCCCAGAAUGCAAUAAUAUCAAAGAAAAAUACGACACCUGCUUCCUGAAAUGGUACAGUGAGAAAUACCUCCGUGGCAACACCGCCUCCAACGAAUGCGACGAGCUUUUCGCCAAGUACAAGACUUGUCUCAACAUCGCCCUAAAAGAAAAAGGCAUCGAGUCCAUGCUCGACGAUGCGCGCAAAGUCAUGAAGGAUAGCGAAACGGAUUAAGCCCGGAAAAGGGCUGAUCCGAUCCGAUUCGAUUCGAUUCCCCCUCUAUCUCUCUGUGAUUACUUCGCUACGCGGCUCUACGGCUGUACUUCCUCUUCUUCUCACCGGAUGCAGAUGGACGUAUCUUUGAAAGAAGGAGGUAAAGAUUCGUCAUCUUCACUCUGACGACACGGGGCCAACGGGGCGCCCGAGACCUCACGCGCGCGGCAUUGUUUCAUCGCAUCUCAUCUCUGCUAGUGAGUGUAUGCCAUCCUUUGGCGUGGAUUGAUGGGUGAGUCUUUCGGGUCUGAAUUUGCAUGGUUUGGCGAGGAACGAAUCCACGAAAUGUACUGUACUUUAUGUGACUCAUAGGCGUUGUGGCUACAUCGAUUUAGACGCUCUUACUUCUGGGCAGGCAGGAGUUGUGGUGCGGGCAGAUUUGUAUCAACCAUGUAUGCAUAAUAUAACUAUCCAGCUGUACUACUACAUUACGACCUGGAAAUCAAACAUUCAC